AUGGCCGAAUACAGGAGCGGGGCGGUACGGCAAGGAGGGAACCGGCCUUGGCCUGACGCUUUUCUCCUCAGGAUUGGUCCAAAGGAGGAUUUUUUCCACUGUUCAAAAUGCAAUUUAUGCUUAAGCUUGAGUCUUCGAGGAAAGCACAAGUGUAUUGAAAAUGUCUCCAGGCAGGACUGUCCGAUAUGUUUGGAGGAUAUUCACACAUCUCGCGUUGGAGCUCAUGUUCUGCCGUGUGGUCACCUUCUUCACAGAACAUGUUACGAGGACAUGCUAAAGGAAGGUUACAGGUGUCCUUUGUGCAUGCACUCGGCUCUAGAUAUGACAAGGUACUGGCGUCAGCUGGAUGACGAAGUAGCGCAGACUCCUAUGCCCACAGAGUAUCAGAACAUGAUGGUGGAGAUCCUUUGCAAUGACUGCAAUGCCCGGUCUACGGUGCAGUUCCAUCUCCUAGGCAUGAAGUGCAAAAACUGUGAAUCAUACAAUACUGCCCAAGAUGGAAGAUGCCGGCUGCCUUUGGAGGAGCAGUGACCAAGAUACGCCCUGCAUUCGGCUGGACGAGGAAGACUCUGCCAUGGAAGAGACUUAUCUAUUUAAAAGAAAAAAAAACAAAACAUUUGUCAGUAAAAAUUUGUUCAAAGUUGUCACGGCACCAGUGAAAUGGUUACAAGAUUCAAUUAAUGCUGAUGCGAAGGAGUUUUGCUAAUUGUGCCCCCCUCCCUCGUACCCGGGGCACAGCGCGGUCAGGCCCUUCAGGGGAUUCCCCGUCGAGCAGUGCGAUGCCCACUGAAAGUUAGUUUCUAGAGAGAGUGGCACCCUUUAAACGAGCCGUUCACUGUGUCAGAGAAGAGUCAGCCUAGAAGAAUAACUGAUGAGAUGCAAAAUGGGAAACGAUAAGCAGCUGACACAGCAGAAGAUGUUUUGGGGCAGCUGAAGGUUGCGAGAGUAACAGGAGGUGGAGGUAUAGCUAUUCCGGUUGCAGCUGCUGGGGAAAAUUGGUAGCUUUGAGAGCGGCCUUUUUACAUAAAGCUGACAUCUGCAAAGUUUGAGGCGGGUACGUUUUGUUCCUUUUAAAUGACGUGUGUGUUCCAGGGCCUCGGAGCCAUCGGCGCAAGCGGAUGGAGAGGGCGAGCUCGCAGAAAUUGCAUCCCUUGGCUUGAUGCGUUGACACGUGCACGCGCGCGCCGCGCGCACAGGACUCGCUUUGGAACAAGGCUGGCCUGCCCGCGUACGUGCGACGAACGGCCUAAAAAAUCAAGCCGCGAGACCCCCCCUUCUCCCCCGGAUGCCCAUCUGACCUGCUGUCUCUCCACUCGGAUUCCUUUGCCAGCUGCAGUCGCGUUUACACCCAUUUCUUCCUCAUUUUGCUCCGUUCGCUUACAAAGGCCGAGGUGUCGUAGGGUUUUAGGCACGUACGUAGCUUGAUGUUUUGCUGGUGAAGUGCACUGAGUGAAGUACGUGCCGGUCUCCUGUCAGGAUUGACGUCGGGCCAUCUAAUCGGGCUGAGCCUGAUCUGUUUGCUAUACUAACAGCAGUUCAUAGAGGCACUCGAGUAGUGCAGGGACCAAUUUUCCGUGGUUUUGGGGUUUUUUUUUAAUGGUAGCUGAUUUCACGGGGGGGAGAGAAUGGAGGAUGGAGGAGUGUUUUUAAAAAACAAAAACCCAACAGACCUCCCCACCCUUCUUCAUGUAAUGCCCGAGGUGUUCUGCAGCCUAAAUAUUACAGGAAGUUCUUUGAGAAUUUCAGAACACGCAAAUAGUGUUCAAUAAUGAAAUAAAACAUCUAAAAAAAGGGCCCAGUUACCCUUCACCAUACAGCUACUUGUUUUUAACUUGUUCUACUGUAAAACAGCAGCUUUUCUUAAUCCGACGGCGCCCCUUUAUAUAUGAAAUACUAGGACUCGGAUGACAGCGUUCCCGUAGCUUGCCUUUACUGGAGAAUCUUUUUUCUGAAGCACUUUUCUCACUGCUAUAAAUAAAUGUAAAAUAACGUCUCUAUUAAACCAAAUUGUACUAU